AUGAAAGCUGAGGGAAGGGAGGAGGCAGACAUCAAGAAGCAGAUGGAGGUGCUAAAUGACACCCUGACGGUCAUUCCAGAUUCAAGACAUCGACUCCAGAAGUACGCCACAGAGCUGAGAGACUUCUUGGAAUCGGACCACCAGGAUGUGAGCCUAGCUGACGCAGACCCCGAGGUCCAGGCUGUGCUAGAAGGGCGCCAAGUGCUGAGGGAAGUCGACCUUGCCUUGGGCACGUUGACGGUGGAGGACGUGUAUCGCUCUAAUGUAGACCUUCCGGCUUCGGGCGCCAUGCGACUGAUACUGGCAUGCUGGCUGGUGGCGACAGCGGUGAAGACGAAGACUGAGGCUCGGCUUCACUUCCUGGCUCCGAACCGUCCCAACGCGCCAACGCGUCGAGAGGACUUUGUGGUACUGACGAUGCUCAGCUCGGGGCCCACCUUGGUGAACGUGAACAACCCCAAGGGCACGGACCUCCAACACGUGGACCUGGCGGUGGGCCAGAUGGACUUCCACGAGCUCUUCGCCAACUGGUACGCCUUUCUGCCUCCCAGCGCCAAGGAGAAGCUUCACGUGCUGUGCCUGGACGAUGCCUCUCUGCAGUUUGCACGAAGCCUGGCACCCCAUGCCGACGUCAGCGUCGCACAGCAGGGGCCGCCCUUCCGGGCGCGCCUGGAAUUCAUCCGGAAGCUGCUGGGUCAGGGGAAGACGGUGCUACAGUCCGACGUUGACGCUGUGUGGCUCCAGGACCCUUUGCCCUACUUGCGGAAGGUGCCGGAGCAUUUGGUGGCCAUGAGAGAGUUCACGGACUGGCACGAACCCAACGCCGGCUUCAUCCUGUACCGACCGCAGCUUCUGGAAAAGUUUCUCCCAGCCUGGUCACAGGCCAUGGGCGCCAGCAGUGAUGACAACACGCCCAUGCGGGCGAUGUUCCAAACAGCAACGUGGAGACCUGACUUGCCUGACACUUCCUCCUCAGGCGAGCUUUUGGGCGUCACCCUGCGGUUGCUGCCGCUGCAUCUAUUCGCUCGAGUAGCGGCUGCCACCAGCGAAUGCACUGGGGCCGGAAUGAUUCACAACCAGGCAAACUUUCAGAAGCAGCUGCCCUGCAUUGGCGAGCAGCUUUUGGUCUUACACAACAAGGGCGAGAUCUUUCGAGCCAAGCAAUCGAAGUCAGAGCACAGACUGUGGAGAAUGUGAGCUCUGCAAGCCAAUCAGGCCUGCGCAUGAGAGCUUCACUAGCGAAGGUGGUGCGCUGGCUUGAGCGCAGGUGCAACGGCCGCACCAAGGCCCCAAUUCCCGUAAUUCCUUACAACGCGGCUUGUUCAUGGUACUUGCUGCUCACACAUGUGCUUGUACGUCUGCCAAUCACUAUGCACACACGUUCGUCAACCCACUCAUCCAAAAGACAGACCCACGGAUGGUCAGAUGUGCGAAGCUCUGCCGGAAUCCGUCCGUCAAGGAGUUCCUCAACUGAAUGAGUGAGUGAGUGAGCGCUUGAGCCGAUGUGAAGGCUGUGUAGAAAUGGAUCGGUGGAUGGCGGGAGGAGUGAGUGGAUGAGGGAGAGAGC